AUGGUGUCUAGUAAUGAUCCUAUGGAGACUAUAUUCAAUUCAAUCCAAGUAGUAGUUAAAGAUGCUCUUCUUCCGAUUGAGCUCGGUGUUAAAAAGGCGGCAAGAGAUAUUGAAAACUGCUGGGUUACCAAAGAAAGGGAUCUGGGUCUUGCUUUGAGAUCAUCUGGAAGAAACAGUAAGAAGAAGAAACGGAUUUGUGCUACUCCUCCUGAAUUUGACGACAAUGCUAAUGUUCACUGUGGUGUGGUUGCUAAUACUAGUGUUCACUGUGUGGUUAGUGAAGAGAGGAAGAAAGGUUUGUCUAUCAAGAUCCCUGUGAAGUCACUCUUUGGUAUGUUUUCUCCCAAUUUAGCCAGUCGUAGUAGAAGUGAGGUUGGGUUGAAAAAGAAAGACAAGUCUUUGGAGAAAAAAGAUGAUGAUGAUUCUUGUACCAAUUGCUUCAAGUUUGCCAUGACUUGGUCUUUGUUGGUUAGUGGUUUUGUUCAUGCUUUUCCUAUUCCUUUCAAGAUUGGUAAAAAGAGGAUUCACAAAUUGGAGGAUGAUGAUGAUGACAACAGUCUUUUGCAUUCACGUAAACACGUCCUUAAAUCAAAGGCUGAAUCUUUAGUAAAGGAAGGGAACCCUUUUUCUAUUGAAUGUGCCAUGGGUUUUGUUGUUGAAAUGAUGACUCAGAAUCUCCAGAAGCUGGACCAGUUCAUACAGGAUAAUUCAGAGAAUGAAUCUUGUUCUUCCAAGGAAGCUACUCGUAAUGAUAGUCCACUUAUCUUUAACAUUUGGGAGGCUAGAAAACUCGACGUUAAUGGAUUCCUCGGGAACUUGAUGUUUGCCAGAGUUGGAGAUGUGGCGUCAGGUAUUGUUGGUCUGACGUCUCCCAUAAGUGGAGAUGUUGAUGAAAGUAAUGUCAGUACUGCUGGUAAGGAGGAAAGUGCAGUUGAUUCUCCACAGAGCCUUGCAAGUGGACUUCUCAGUAUACCUUUGUCUAAUGUAGAGCGCUUAAAAUCCACGCUGUCCACGAUUUCAUUAACUGAGCUUAUUGAGCUUUUACCGCAAUUAGGACGACCUUCAAGAGAUCACCCGGACAAGAAAAAACUAAUUUCUGUUCAGGAUUUUUUCAGAUACACCGAGUCUGAAGGCAGGAGGUUCUUUGAAGAAUUAGAUAGAGAUGGUGAUGGUAAAGUAACUUUGGAAGAUCUGGAAAUUGCAAUGAGGAGGAGAAAAUUGCCAAGAAGAUACGCCAAGGAAUUUAUGCGACGAGCUAGGAGUCAUCUUUUCUCGAAAUCGUUUGGUUGGAAGCAAUUUUUGUCCUUGAUGGAACAGAAGGAGCCAACCAUCCUCCGUGCCUAUACUUCUCUCUGUUUGACCAAGUCUGGUACUCUUCAAAAGAGUGAGAUAUUGGCAUCACUAGAUAACGCAGGACUUCCUGCUAAUGAAGAAAAUGCUAUAGCCAUGAUGCGAUUUUUGAAGGCUGAUGCCGAGGAGUCUAUAUCAUAUGGACAUUUCCGUAAUUUCAUGGUUUUGCUGCCAUAUGAGCGUUUACAAGAUGAUCCUCGGAAUAUCUGGUUUGAAGCUGCGACUGUUGUUGCUGUUGCACCCCCUGUGGCCUUACCUGCUGGAGAUGUUCUAAAAUCUGCAUUAGCGGGAGGGCUUGCCUCUGCUCUCUCCACUUCCUUACUGCAUCCGAUUGACACAAUCAAGACACGUGUGCAAGCAUCAACCUUAUCAUUUCCUGAAGUAAUAGCAAAGCUUCCUGAGAUUGGUGUACGGGGAGUAUAUAGGGGUUCUAUUCCUGCAAUUCUUGGACAAUUUUCAAGCCAUGGCCUGCGGACAGGAAUAUUCGAAGCAAGCAAACUAGUGUUGAUCAACUUUGCUCCCAAUCUCCCAGAAAUUCAGGUUCAAUCGAUUGCAUCAUUCUGCAGCACGCUAUUAGGCACAGCUGUGCGGAUUCCAUGUGAGGUGCUGAAGCAACGGUUGCAGGCUGGCAUGUUUAAUAAUGUUGGGGAAGCCAUUGUAGGGACGUGGAAGCAAGAUGGUCCAAGGGGCUUUUUCCGUGGGACAGGCGCAACUCUUUGUCGUGAAGUUCCACUAUACGUUGUUGGCAUGGGACUGUACGCAGAGUCCAAAAAGAUGGUGGCGCAAGCGCUGGGAAGAGAACUCGAGGCAUGGGAAACAAUAGCGGUUGGGGCGGUGUCAGGAGGUAUAGCAGCAGUUGUAACAACCCCAUUCGAUGUGAUGAAGACGAGAAUGAUGACUGCAACACCAGGGCAACCGAUCUCAAUGUCGAUGGUUGUUGUCUCGAUUCUGCGUAAUGAAGGACCGCUUGGUUUGUUCAAAGGAGCAGUCCCGAGAUUCUUCUGGGUGGCUCCUCUAGGUGCUAUGAACUUUGCUGGCUACGAACUAGCCAAGAAAGCUAUGCAGAAGAACGAGGAAGCUGUGCUAGCGGAUCAGCUUGGUCAGAAGAAGCUUUGCUAAUGGGAUUUUACUAGCGGAUCAGCUUUGGUCAGAAGAAGCUUUGCUAAUGGGAUAUUACUUUGCUUUGCUGCUACGAAGUUUUUUUGGGGGCAGUUUAAGCCGGAGACUCUCCUCUUUUGUUAAAUGCUACUUUGCAAAUUUUUGACAAAGAAAUAGUUCAUUAUUUUGUUGUGCAUUGAGGACAGUUUCAAACUCUCUGGCUAAAAAAAGAAGUUAUUUUUUGCGCU